CACCUGGGAACCAUCCAGGGCCUGCUGGAGCAGGAGUGCGGCGUGGUCAUCGAGGGCGUCAACACGCCCUACCUGUACUUUGGCAUGUGGAAGACCACCUUCACCUGGCACACGGAGGACAUGGACCUUUACAGCAUCAACUACCUGCACUUCGGGGAGCCCAAAACCUGGUACGCGGUGCCCCCGGAGCACGGCCGGCGCCUGGAGCGCCUGGCCACCGAGCUGUUCCCGGGCAGUGCCCGCGCCUGUGACGCCUUCCUGCGGCACAAGGUGGCUCUCAUCUCGCCCACGGUCCUCAAGGACAACGGGAUCCCCUUCAAUCGGAUCACUCAGGAGGCUGGCGAGUUCAUGGUGACGUUUCCCUAUGGCUACCACUCCGGCUUCAACCACGGCUUCAACUGCGCAGAAGCCAUCAACUUCGCCACCCCGCGAUGGAUCGAUUAUGGCAAAGUGGCGUCUCAGUGCAGCUGCGGGGAGGCCAGGGUCACCUUCUCCAUGGACGCCUUCGUGCGCAUCCUGCAGCCUGAGCGCUAUGAGCUGUGGAAGCGCGGGCAGGACCGGGCUGUUGUGGACCACACGGAGCCCACCUCGCCAGACAAGGGGGAGCUCAGCGCCUGGGAACAGGAGGCUCAGGAGUCGACUGCCCAUGCCUGGGCCAAGACGCGCUGCACACUGCGGACCCCGAGGCUAGUCCUGCCCAGGGACAAUGCUGGCUAUCAGACCCCUGCAACCUGCCAUCGUGCUAUGGCUUCCGCAGCUCAGAGUCCUUGA